AUGCCGAAGAAAGGAGGAAAGAAAAGCCACAAGAGCAAGGCCAAGGGCGCUGGUGGCGGCGCCGCAGCGAAGUUGCCUGAUGUGAAGAACAUCAUAAGCCCCGCUCACCAGGAAGAGGACAAGCUCUUGUACGGUGAAGGCGCCGCCACUACAGCAGAGGCCGCGCCGGCCACAGCAAGCGGAUCGGCAGCAGCAGUUGCUGCACCAACUGUCGCAACGGAAGCGCCAGUUUCUGAACCACCGACAACUACCGCUGCGCCGGAGAAGGAAAAGGAAGAAAAAGAGCUACCAGCGCAAGAAACUGAACAAGUCUCCGACGUGACGAAAGAACAACGAGGUGACGCCGGAACAGAGGCAUUGGCCGCCGCUGCGCCCACGAGCUCGAAGAAGCAAGAGGCCGAGGAGGCCAAGGCAGCAGAACCCGAACGUCCGUCAACCGCCACUACAGACAGGGCCGAUCUUUUGGCAGACACAAGCACGAAGACAGAGCCAGUUGCUGCCACAAACGAUAUUUCGAAGGAUGUGUCGGAUGCGGCCAAGAAAGAAGAGAUUCCUUCCGAGACAGUAGCAGCCACCGCGACGGCGGCUGGAGCUGCUGGUACUGUGGAACAAGCACAGCCAGCGACCGCUGAUCUCGAAAAAACCGAAGCGUCGAAAGCAGUGGCAGCGAAGCCCGCUGGCGAAUCGGUCGAGGAAGCGGAGCACAAAGCACUCGUCCAAGAAGAGGAUACUCCUGUGGCCGCGGCCGCUCCUCUCGUUGCCCCGCAUGUCAAGCGAUCCCACGAGGAGCCCACAUUUGUGACCCAAGAAGGCGACCAGCCAGCGAAGAAAGCGCGCGUUGACGAGCCUACCGAGACGUCUGUCUCGCAGUCGAAUUUGGCUAUUCCAGGACGUUUCCCAACCCCUUCAGUGGCCGGAUCUACUGCGUCCGGCGCAGACAGCGCCAUUGCUUCAGAGACACAGGAUGCGAUCAAGGGGGAUACUACGGCGGCUCCAAAGACAGUCGUUUCUCAGCCACCAGCCCCAGUGCCAGCCACUGAAACAACGCCCGCCGCGACCGCCCCGACGGAGGCUGCAGUUUCGGCACCAGCCGCUGAAACACCAGCUGCUGCUAAGGAUACAGGCCUAGUCGAGGACAAGGCUGCCGCUGUAAGUGCUGACCAACCAGCAGCCCAAGAACCUAUCGCUCCUAAAGAUACAAGCCGAGCCGAGGACAAGACUGCAGCACCAGCAUCAGCAGCACCAGCAGCAUCGACCGAGAAAGAGGCGGUGCUGCCUCCAACUGGCCACAAGGACGAUGCUAGCGCACGGCCAAUCAAACCAGCAACAGCUGAUGCAGCACAAGCCCCUCAGUCACCGGCAGUAGCUGCAGCCGCCGCCGCAGCCGCCGCAGCCUCUGCUACCCCUCAGCAAGCCCCUGACCAGGCCGUCUCGAAGCCAGCAGCACAACAGGAGGCCGCGCCCAAGAAAGGCGGGCUCGUGGCGUGGAUCAAACGCAAGCUCAAGGGGGAAAGUAAGAAAGCCGAGAGUGGGCGAUGA